GCCUCCUAUCCGUAGACCCAUCCUUAGAAUUGUCCCUGGAGUUUCCACGAUGCCCAUAUCCCCUCUUCCCGAAGACACCAGUCGUUUACUUGGCUCAACUCUGGUCAUAACCUCGCCCCUCUUUCUCGUCAAAGAGUUGCUGGAUAAUGCAAUCGACGCCGGAGCAACAGCAGUCGAUAUCUUGAUUUCUCCAAACACCCUGGAUAAGGUCGAAGUCAGAGACAACGGGAGCGGCAUCAGUCCGAGCGAUUUCGACAUUCUUGGACGACCAGGACAUACUAGCAAGCUCACAUCACUCAAAGACCUUGAGACUGUCGGUUGCAAGAGCCUUGGAUUUCGCGGCGUAGCCUUGGCCAGUGUUGCUGCUCUGGCAGAAAUUGCAAUCUGCACCAGAACAUCGGCUGAAUCCGUGGCAACCAUCUUACAUCUUGCGAGAGAAUGUGUCGCUGCUGCUCGUGGACAUAAAUCUGCUCCUGUUGGCACUUCUGUUUGCGUCACUAAUCUGUUCGGUGCGUAUCCAGUGAGGCACAAGAGAGCCACCAGUGAAGCGACUGCGACGAUUUUCAAGAUCAAAGGCCUCUUGGAGUGCUACGCUUUUGCAAGGCCGCAGAUCAAGUUCUCUUUUAAGGUCCUUGGAGGAAAGCAAUGGUGGUCCUAUGUUCCAUCCUCCGGUGCCGCCCUCAAAGACGCUGUUGUCCAGGUAAUGGGCCGGGAACUGGCAGCUCAAUGCAUGCUUCGGACUUCACCGUUCCCUGUAUCCGACAAUGAGACGAGAAACACACAGAACUGUGGUCUCACUCUGGCUGGGCAGCCAUCCAAGUUUGUAUUCGAAGCCUACCUCCCCACCUCUACGGCUGAUAUUCGAAAGAUUUGCAAGAGUCCUUUCAUCUCGGUAGAUUCUCGACCUCUCUCAUUCACUCAGGGGACCGCUAAGAGGUUGAAGGCCCUCUUCGAGAAGCAUUUCAAGGGGUCCUUGACUUCUGAAGACUCAUCAAAGCUUUCCGGAAGCCCGUUCAUACGACUGAAUAUCAGAUGCCCUCUUGGGUCCUAUGAUCCCAAUGUCGAACCAUCCAAAAACGACGUUCUCUUUCAUGAUGAAGAGUUAGUGCUUCGAGAGUUCGAGCAAUUCUUGUUGUCAGUCUAUCCCGCCAACCGCGAUGACGGCGACCGUUCUCGCGUGGACACAUCAAGGGAAGAGAAUGGAGGUGUAUGCAAUACCAGUGUGGCUGACCAUCACGUCCCAACGCCCCAGGUUAAAACCACACCGGCAGACAGUGGGCUUGGGACCGGAUCCCACAGAGAUUGCCCGACCACUCCGUCGAGUAGCAACAGGAGACCAUCCAUUUCAAGUACUGCGCCCUUAGUACAGUCAUGGUCUGUCGAUAUGUCUGCGGGUGACGGAGCCAUUAGUGAUGGAGACGAUGAUGUCGAUGUCCAGACACAGCCUGGUAAAGGAACAGCUCUCACAACACCUCCAACCGAUGACGAACUCCCCGACCAGUCAAAAGAGGGCCUGAAUCCGUGGACAAUUGCCAAAUUGGUGGCCCCUCGACGGCAGACACAGCAAAACCUAAGCAGUCCUACACGGAAAACUGGGCAUGUUAUUCCAGAUGAAGUACCGUCUUCAGAAGGGCCACCGGUGGAAGUGCCAGAACGGCAAGGCAACACACAAGAUCAACCUCUCCGGAAUACUCAGCCAGCGACUGAGAACAACUACACGACCACAAGGACCCCAACCUGCAAUCCGCUGCUGAAUGUUGGGCAAGCACAUUCCCAGCCUGCCAAUCGACGCAACAACAGACCAACAAUGGAUUUGGAACAAUAUUCGUAUACAACACAAGGGCAUGGCAGACGACCGGCGGGUAGGCGCUCCUAUCCAACGCAUGCUGGGCGAAGCCCUGGGAUGGUACAGGCCAAACUUUCUUUUGGCGGAGGCAGCUCUAAACGGCAACGGAAAACACAGACGAAUGAGAUCCACGAGCUUGAACCACUCGAAAACACGGACCCGCAUGCUUACGGUGGUUUUGCCAGGCCCAACCAGCCACUCAUGGGGUUGCCUGGUCAGCAUAUUGCCAGAAGAACCAACAACGACGCACGGCGGAGAACUACAGCCCAAACCAGAGCAGAUAGUCUGACUGAUAUGCUGAGCGGGGAAAUGCCUGUCAACCCAAGGACCGUCGACGACCUAUCAUCUACCGUGGAGGGCGAGAAGGGUAUUGAGGCAGCUUUGCCGAAGAACGAUCCUAGAGGUUACUUGAUACGGAGACAACUGUCACUUGCAGAUAAGCCUCAGAGGAGAAAGAUCCAACGCCUCAAGACAAACCUACUACCACUAGAAACCACGCCACUAGGAUUCGAAACUCACAAGCUUGCGUUGACAGUUCUGGUUGACCCGCAGACACUAGGCAGAAGUAUGGUAAAGACAUCUUUACUCGACAGCUACUUAGUCGAAGGCGCGCUGGAAGACCAAUUGGAGAACGGUAUAAGUCCAGAGGAAGUAACCACACUGGAAAGCCGAGUCCAGCUUCUUUUGUCACAAACGAGCCACCAGUCGUGACUCCCUCCUCGUCGCGGUUUGAGAAAGCAGUGAUAUCAGGCCCACGGCAGACCUUUAUAAAAAUUUCUAGUUAGUAUCGUUGUGUGAUGUAUCAACUAUCAGGCGAGGAAGGUGCGGUCGAAGACUGGUUCGGAGAGGUGCCGAAAAACUAGGUGACAUUUGAGGGAGUUUGGUGAAACGAAGAGUACAAAAGGGAAUAGUUGGCCAGGUCCUUGUCGAUGUCGUCAUGUAGGUAUAUUCCAGCGGGGGGCUGGUUGAUGUUUUGAGGGAGGAAGAGGCUUAAUGAUGGACAUAUACUGCCGUGUUGGGAAGUGUGUUGUGGGAGAAAGUUGAACAUGGCUGGACGAAGGCAUGGUGUAACGCAAUGAAAGUUGAGGUCAUGUCAAAAAUAG